UUCUAUGAUUAGGGCUGCAGCGAGGAGGGGGAAGGAGGGUGCCACCGAGGAAGGUCAGGGGGGCUUUUACACACAAUCAGUUGCCGCCUUCUUGUUGACAGCACACUGUGAACUGCGGUUAAUUUGUUUCUAACGUGGUGGCACCGUGACGUUCCCGACUCACUGGCUCUGGCUAUUGGAGUUAGAAUGAGGCUUUGGCGCUGAUCUCCGGGGAGUGAGCAGAGCGCGUGAAACUUUUUGGGGUUUGUGUUCAGCAUGGCUCUGGAGACCGCCUUGCUCCUGAAAGCAGGGUUUGUGCUGCUGAUGGCAGCUCAAGUCCUUGCAUCAGUGUCUGGCUGUAACAGGGGAGUCUACAAGUUUUUUAUCAAUGAUCUCUGCUUGGCGAAUUUCACAUUCAACAUGGAAAAUCUGGAUCGAGGUUUAUGGUGCAGCUGGAAGGACACAAUGGAGAUCUAUGAGGGACUCACAAACUGCACAUACCAGGUGGCCUUGAGGAUGAACUGCUUCUGGCCAAAUCAGAUAGUCGACCGUUUCUUCAUGGAGAUUCAUCAGAUCUACUUUCAUGACUGCGCUCUGACUGGUCGGCUCCUGCAUGACCCACCGAUUAGCAUCCUCGCCCCAUUUAUCACAGUGCCUGUACUGGUCACCCUGCUCAUGACUGCUGUAGUGGUGUGGAGGAGCAAACGCACACAGGGAAUGCUAUAGGGACCGUCAGAGUGUUAGAUUUGGGCUUGUAGAGCGUUCCGGAAGACAUUUCUUUAGUAUAAAGCAUGCUCUUUUAAUUUUCUUUUCAUAUUCCCGUGUUGAUAUUGAGCAUACUGACUAUUUGGAAGUUGCAGUGAAACAAUUGCAUGUUCUGAAAGAUGUUAAUAGAAAUAAAUUCUGUAUUUGGUAUUAAAACUGUCUGUCCAGUCAUUUCUAAUGGGUAAGGUCACCUCUAUGAAAAUGCCUAAGUCAGGGAUGCAAAACACUUUUUACAUAGCAGGCCACAUACAGUCCACUUUGAUCUGAAGUGGACAGGACUAAACAUCUGAAUCCUGAGAUAUUGUAAUCUAAUAAAAGACACUAUUAAAGCAGAAAUUUCUAUAGCAGAUAGUGGAAAAAUGGGAACUUCUCUAUUUAAUUGUUUAUCUAUUACAUAGCUACUUUGGUGUCGUAUGAACAGCAGUGUGGGUCGAGUUUUUAUCAAUAGGAAAAGCUGCAAAACUUAUGAUAAUACAGCUAAAAGUACAAAAUGUAUCCUCUACUUCACAUUUUCUAAAACCUUCCAGUGGGUCAGAUUGGAUUCAGUGGACUUUUAAGGCCAUUUAUGUUAAUUACCAUCUGACAUCGUAGCCCUGACAAACAAUCUGCAUAAAUAACACCUGACAGUAGAAGAGACUGACUUGAUUGGAGCCAUUCAGAGGAAGGUGAAGAGAUGAAAAGGAGAGCGGGAAUUAGAAAACAAAUGUAGGAUGAAGGGAGGAAGUUGUAUGAAAUAAUUUCAACAGCCAAAAUUAACAAUAUUACAGUUUUAUAGUCCCUCUAUAUCUGUUUACCUUUGAAUAAAUUCCACUGUAUAUUUAUUAAUCAUUUUUUGAGGCAUCAUUUACAAUGAAGGAAGCACUUAGUUGUCAUAACACAAAGACAGUUAAAGUCAGCUAAAUGGCACGAAGAUCAAUCUGUCCUGUCCUUUGGUGCAAAUCAGUGACAAAAACUGCACCAGAGAGGCAACAACAAGACCUCAGGGCAUUGCUCUCUCCGUAUCCCUCCAGUUUUGCUUUUUGCUAUUGUUCUUGUAACUGCUGCUAGCAUGAAUUUGUGUGCGAGUAGGAGCAGAAGCACCUGGCAGGUCCACAAGUGCUGCCCUCUAGUCUUCACAGAUGAUUUUGCAGUAACAUAAAACAUCUCCAGACUCUUUAAUAUCUGUCACAUGAGCUCAGUGUUGGGCACUGUUUACAAAAAUGUAUAAAAUAAUGAUAUUAUAAAAUGAGGAUAUUUCUAUUUAUCUUCAAUGUGUGGCUUUUCUUCAAACUAUGAGGCACUUUUUAAUUCUGUGUUUUGAAAAGUGCUUUACAAAUAAAGUUUAGUUAAAAACAAGUUAUUACUCUCUUCCCCUUCAUACUUGCACAAAGUAGCAGAUACAACUAGUUCAUUGGACAAUUUUAUACUUCAAUGACAUUAUUUUCUUAAGUCAUUUUUUUAGUUACUUAAAUUAAUUGUAAUUUGAAAUUAGAGGCUGGGGUACUUACAUAUUCAUAAACUUCACAUUUCAUAUCAUUACAGUACACAGAGGUUUCACAGCAGUUACAGAACACUUUUUUUUACUGCAGUUUACUUAUUACAAAAAUAAAACAAAAGUGCACUCAAUACUUGUCAAACUCAAGAUUUUAACAUUGCACAGGAGAUUUUCAUGGACUUCAUUGAACGAAAUGGCUCCAUCUAGUGUUCACUCUGAGAUUUUCUAUAAGGCAGUUGACAGUCAGUAGUCUAAAAUUGAAAAUGAAGAGCAGCUUCAUUUCAUUCAGAUUCGAGUUAAUAUUAAUAGAAAAUUCUGAUUUGCAUUUUCAGAAAGAAAUAAAAAAAAGGAAGCGCUGUGAGGCUUGUACAACACAGUGCUCAUCAGUAGGUCUAAACAAGUAAAAAAUAACAAAAAAAGAAACUUGCUAAUGCACUCUGUUAGUGUUAAAAUCUUUAAUAAAAAUGUUACGA